AGCUGUUCGGGCGCCAUAGGGAACGUGCUUGCAGCCUCGACCCAACGAAAUGCUACAAGUUUAAUGUUAGCAAGGACAACGCGAAGCGCACUGGUCCGCAGCGGUGCAUGGGAGCCCCCCGAUUCAAGCCCACACCGUGUGUGAACCUAAAUUUACCCAACCCAGCAUGUCAGACGAUGAGUUUAUGAUGGACGAUGGGGCGGACGAGGAGUAUGACUUUGAAUUUGAAGAGGAUGACGAAGGUGACGAAGAGCACGCAGACAUUGAGAACUUGUACUACAAUGCAAAGGCGCUAAAGGAAGACAACCCCAAUGAAGCGCUCAGAGUGUUCAGAUCCGUCGUUGAUAAAGAGGAGACCAAAGGAGACUGGGGCUUCAAAGCGCUGAAACAGAUCACAAAAGCACACUUCAGAACUGGAAGUUACGAAGAGGCGCUGAAGACGUACACGGAGCUGCUUGGGUAUACGAAAUCUGCAGUGACUCGCAAUUACAGUGAAAAAUCAAUCAACAACAUCCUGGACUACGUGUCAAACUCUAAUGCCCUCGACCUUUCGACCAUGGAGAGGUUUUACAGCGUGACCGUAUCAGCACUGGAAGAGGCUCGCAAUGAGCGUCUCUCUGUCAAGACAGACCUCAAGCUUGCUCGUCUUUGGCUCGCCCGGCAAGAGUGGCCGCGUUUAGAAAAGACCAUUAAAGGACUGAAAGAAUACUGUCUCGGCGCCGAAGGAGAAGGGGUUGGCUCUGACCAGAGCAAGGGGACCAUCCUCAUGGAGGUGUUUGCCACGGAAAUUCAGAUGUACGGCGAGAUGGGCCACUUCAAACGGCUCAAGGAGGUUUAUAAUGCCACCCUCCAAGUUAAGAACGCCAUCCCGCACCCGCGCAUCAUGGGUAUCAUUCGCGAAUGCGGUGGCAAGAUGCAUAUGUCAGAGAAAAACUGGACAGCAGCUCAACAAGACUUCUUCCAAGCGUUUAAUAGCUACGACGAGGCUGGGUCUCCUCAGCGCAUUCAGGUACUCAAGUAUCUCGUUCUCGCUGUAAUGCUCAUGGGUAGCGAUAUCAACCCUUUCGACAGCCAAGAAACCAAGCCUUACAAGAAUGAUCCCGAAAUUGUCGCCAUGACCGACCUUGUCUCGGCCUAUCAGCGCAGAGAGGUACAUGAGGCGGAAAAGAUCCUGGAGAACCAGCGAACGAUCAUGGAGGAUAACUUCAUCAAGGGAUAUAUCGAUGAGUUGCUCAACACGCUUCGUACGCAGUAUUUGAUGGACAUAAUCAAACCUUACAACCGGUUGGAUUUGCGCUUUUUGGCAAAGCAACUAAACACGACCACAUUUGCGGUAGAAUCGUUGCUACGUUCACUUAUCCUCGAAGGGCGGAUCUCAGGUAAAAUUGACCAGGUCAACCAGAAGCUCGAGCUGGACCGCUCUGCACGCCACAUCAACACCAAACGAUAUGCGGCGCUGGCGUCGUGGCUGGCGUCCAUCGACACUGUCAGUGGGAGUAUCACCUCCAAGGCUGCCAGAGGCUACGGCGGCGGCGAUGUGCUGCAGGCAGAGAGCCGUAGUGGUAUGAUGGAAUUUGGGUGAGGCCGGAUGCCGGCACCUUCCACAGUGGUUACAGUUGCUCCAUUGCAUUUUUAACAAACAACCAAUGUAUCAUAGAUCCUCAUUUUGAUCGCCUGACC